GUUGACACGGCAUUCAUUUUUUUGAAAGAGAAGAAGAGAGAGAGACUAGAGGAGAGGACUGGGUCUGGUCUCUUCGCUGCUUCCUAUAGCUGCUGUUCGCUCUUCGACGAUCGGAGGAUUCGAAGGUGAAUGCAGUUUGCGUAGGGAGUUUUAUUGCAACGAAGAGAAGAUUCACCUGCCGGGUUAUGCGUAACUGAGGUUUUUCAGUGUUGGAAGAGAACAAGAAUAUAGCAGUAAGAUUGUAAACUGAGAAAUAUUGCUAGCAGAAUAAUAGAUUUCUUGAUCGGUGAAGGUUUGGAUAUGGGUAUGGACAUAGCUGAUAAGGAGAAUAUGAGCCCGCCUUUAUUUGAGUUGUGUAAUUGCUAUAAAGUUGCAAGCCUUACAGAAACCAUUCUAAACCCGGUAAAAGUUUCCAACUUGAAAGAUCGAUAUGUGCUUGGGGAACAGUUAGGUUGGGGACAGUUUGGUGUGAUAAGAGUAUGUUCUGAUAAGUUAACAGGAGAGAGGCUUGCUUGCAAGUCUAUCUCUAAAGACAGACUAGUGACACAAGACGACAUGAAAAGUAUCAAGCUCGAGAUUGCUAUAAUGACAAAACUGGCUGGGCACCCCAAUGUUGUGAAUCUCAAAGCGGUUUACGAGGAGGAGGAUUCCGUGCAUCUUGUGAUGGAACUGUGCGCAGGCGGUGAGCUUUUUCACAAGCUCGAGAAGUAUGGAAGGUACUCGGAGUUCCGUGCUAGGGUGCUCUUUAAGCAUUUGAUGCAAGUGGUCAAGUUUUGUCACGAUAAUGGUAUUGUCCACAGAGACUUGAAACCCGAGAACAUUCUCAUGGCCACGAUGUCUUCUUCAUCUCCUAUCAAAUUAGCUGAUUUUGGUUUGGCAACCUAUAUAAAGCCUGGUGAAAAGUUGAACGGGACAGUUGGUAGUCCGUUUUAUAUAGCCCCGGAAGUGUUGUCAGGGGGAUAUAACCAAGCUGCUGAUGUAUGGAGUGCAGGGGUUAUUUUGUACAUUCUUCUCAGUGGAGUGCCUCCCUUUUGGGGAAAGACUAAGUCAAAGAUUUUUGAUGCGGUCAGGGCCGCAGAUUUGAGAUUUUCUGCAGAGCCAUGGGACCAUAUAACAUCAUACGCCAAGGAUUUGAUCCGCGGGAUGCUAUGUGUUGAUCCUUCCCAAAGGUUAUCAGCUGAUGAUGUUCUAGCUCACUCUUGGAUGGAGCAGUUACCUGAAUCAAGUCAAGAACAGUAUGAUCAGGAUGGGUUUGGCUGUGAAGGAUUGGAGAAUGGUGGAUGUUCUUUCUCCACACAAUGCAUUUCUCGGGAACAAGACUAUAGCUUUGGCAUGUCGCAGUUAGAGCAAUCAACAGAUAAGGAUUGUAAAUCAUCGUUCUCGUCUUUUCUACCUGCGGAUAACACACUGCCGAAUUCCGGUUUUGGUGGGUUUUCUUUUGAUGGGAAACAACCGGAAUCAACCUCAGCUGGCUUCUCAUCAACUGGAGUUCCAUCCAUGCCAAGCUUUACCUUUUUUAGUCCAUGCCCAACGAUCACACACAACACUGACAUUACUGAAACAGAUGGAAAACGUCGAGACGCAAGCCCAAAGAGGUUACUGCCUUCACUGGAUGCUUCUUCACAACUUGAGAAGCGCGAGGAAGCAGGGGACGAGCAUCAAACAGAAGCAGCAGGAAAGUCAGAGACGAGAAAGGAAAGAGGAAACUGGUCAAGAAUAUCAGGUCUGCACAGCAAAAGGAACCGGACCAUAGGACUAGGCGAGCUAGACCAGUUAGUUGUGGACGUUGCAGUCACAGAGUCGAUAAUCAGAUGGGCAUCUUGCACGCAUAUUCCCACCGCUCCAUCCCUCAGAUUGUCGCUCGUCUGCUAGAAACAAACCGAAGGAGACGGAGAAGAAGUCUUUUACCAGUAUAAUUAUUGUAUCUACACAUCUGAUUUUGGUCCUGUAUUGUCUUUGUUUAGUAGUAUAAACUUUCCAUGGAAACUGACUUCAACUGUAAAGACAACCGGAGAUGUCUCGGAAAUAGAGUGUGAUUUUGGUUUUCUUUAAAAAAA